AUGGGCUGGGGGAACGUGUUCUUCACCCUGGUGAUCACCUUCUCGGCGGCGCUCAUCACUUACAACAUCAUCAUAUCCGCCAACGCCUCCCUCAAGGGAGACUUCCCCGGCCCCUCCUCGUCGGAGAAUUCGGCUCCAUCCUCCCCCUCCGCGGUGGAGCCCAUCAUCCGAUUGCCGCGCUCCGCCGGCGGGAAGAAGAGGCUCUUCCACACCGCCGUCACCGCCUCCGACUCGAUCUACAACACGUGGCAGUGCCGGGUGAUGUACUACUGGUUCAAGAAGCAGAAGGCCAUGAAUCCCGACUCCGAGAUGGGGGGUUUCACUAGGGUUCUGCACUCCGGGAAGCCGGACGGCUUCAUGGACGAGAUCCCCACCUUCGUCGCCCAGCCCCUGCCCGAUGGGAUGGACCAGGGUUACAUAGUCCUGAACAGACCAUGGGCAUUUGUGCAGUGGCUUCAGCAAGCCAAGAUUGAGGAAGACUACAUAUUCAUGUCUGAGCCAGACCACAUUCUGGUCAAGUCCAUCCCAAACUUAUCCAGAGAUGGGCUGGGAGCUGCAUUUCCUUUCUUCUACAUUGAUCCCAAGAAAUACGAGAAUGUGCUGCGAAAAUUCUUCCCCGAGGAAAAUGGGCCGAUAACUAAAAUCGAUCCCAUUGGAAAUUCUCCUGUGAUUGUAGGGAAGGAUGCUUUGCAAAAGAUAGCUCCCACUUGGAUGAACGUUUCCUUGGCUAUGAAGAAGGAUGCCGAGGCCGAUAAAGCUUUUGGAUGGGUUCUUGAGAUGUAUGGUUAUGCAGUUGCAUCAGCAUUACAGGGUGUGAGCAAUAUCUUGCACAAGGAAUUCAUGAUUCAGCCUCCGUGGGACACAACGAUCAGCAAUACCUACAUAAUUCAUUAUACUUAUGGAUGUGACUACGAUUUGCAGGGUAAGAUGACUUACGGAAAAAUUGGAGAGUGGAGAUUUGACAAAAGAUCAUAUACCAAUACCUGGCCUCCAAAAAAUCUUUCUUUGCCGCCUCCUGGUGUUCCAGAAAGCGUGGUUACACUGGUGAAGAUGGUGAAUGAGGCGACUGCCAAUAUUCCAAACUGGGGUUCCUAA